UAACAAUAUGUCUGUACUUGUGAACAAUGUCAGAGCAUGUGCUUGCCGAUUUAUUUCUCGAUAUCAAGUGACAACCUUCAGUGCUGUUAGAAAUGCAAACCAAAGUUUACGACACAGUUUAUCGAGGUCAUGUACCUCUCUUACAGAAGGGAAUAAUAGCCAUACUGUAAAGGUGUCCACUGGAAAGGAUUCUAUGGUACAGAAACACAUUGAUUUAUAUUUCAUGGGCAGAGAUGGCACCAACCUAAAAAGACUCAACUUAGAGUGUGAGAUCAAGGUAAGGGAUGGUUUUGUAUCAGUGUCUGGCCCAGAUGCUGAAGUUGUGGAAAAUAUAGCACAAAAAGUAUCCCAGGAAGUUAAAACAAUCAUUAAUCAAAGAGGUCUACCCUUUUUUGAAAAGGUGAUGACAGACGAACAAGUGGAAAUUCAUAAAGAAAUUUGUGCCAACUUCAUUGGAGAAGGAGGAGAGAAUGUCAUGAGACUACGCUUAGAGACAGGGCUCAAUUUUGAAUAUGAAAUACCUUGUGCCGGACAUAUACUCAUUUCAGGAACCAAUGCUGAAGUGGUGAAGAUAGUAACAGAAAAAAUACAACAGGAAGUCCAAAGAAUAAGGAACGAAAACAUUCUACCCUUUUCUGAAAAGGUGGUGACGGAUGAAGAUGAAGCAUUUCAUAGCAUGAUUUGUGCAAUGAUCAUUGGAAAAGAAGGAGAGAACUUAAGAAAACUAUGCUUGGAGACAGGGCUCAAUUUUGAAUUGAAAUCAAAUAGCGUUGGCUACGUACUUGUCUCGGGGACUGAUGCUGAAGUGGUGAAGAAAGCAACAGAAAGAAUACAACAGGAAGUCCAAAGAAUAAGGAACAAAAAAAUUCUUCCCUUUUCUGAAAAGGUGAUGACGGAUGAGGAUGAGGCAUUUCAUAGCCUGAUUCAUGGCUACAUCAUUGGAAAAGGAGGAGAGAACUUAAAAAAACUACGCUUGGAGACAGGGCUCAGUUUUGAUUUGGAAUUAGGUGACAUUGGUCAUGUACUUGUCUCGGGGACUGAUGCUGAAGUGGUGAAGAUAGCAACAGAAAGAAUACAACAGGAAGUCCAAAGAAUAAGGAACGAAAAAAUUCUACCCUUUUCUGAAAAGGUGGUGACGGAUGAGGAUGAGGCAUUUCAUGUCUUUAUAUGUGGCAACAUCAUUGGAAAAGGAGGAGAAAACUUAAGAAAACUACGCUUGGAAACAGGGCUCAAUUUUGAUUUGGAAACAGAUAAUGUUGGUCAUGUACUUGUCUUGGGGGCUGAUGCUGAAGUGGUGAAGAUAGCAACAGAAAGAAUACAACAGGAAGUCCAAAGAAUAAGGAACGAAAAAAUUCUACCCUUUUCUGAAAAGCUGGUGACGGACGAGGAUGAGGCAUUUCAUGACUAUAUAUGUGGCAACAUCAUUGGAAAAGGAGGAGAAAACUUAAGAAAACUACACUUGGAAACAGGGCUCAAUUUUGAUUUGGAAACAGAUAACGUUGGUCAUGUACUUGUCUCGGGGGUUGAUGCUGAAGUGGUGAAGAACGCAACAGAAAGAAUACAACAGGAAGUCCAAAGAAUAAGGAACGAAAAAAUUCUACCCUUUUCUGAAAAGCUGGUGACGGACGAGGAUGAGGCAAUUCAUGACUAUAUAUGUGGCAACAUCAUUGGAAAAGGAGGAGAAAACUUAAACAAACUAUGCUUGGAGACAGGGCUCAAUUUUGGUUUAAAAAUAGAUGAUGUUGGUCAUAUACUUGUCUUGGGGGCUGAUGCUGAAGUGGUGAAGAUAGCAACAGAAAGAAUACAACAGGAAGUCCAAAGAAUAAGGAACGAAAAAAUUCUACCCUUUUCUGAAAAGCUGGUGACGGACGAGGAUGAGGCAAUUCAUGACUAUAUAUGUGGCAACAUCAUUGGAAAAGGAGGAGAAAACUUAAGAAAACUACGCUUGGAAACAGGGCUCAAUUUUGAGUUGGAAACAGAUAAUGUUGGUCAUAUACUUGUCUUGGGGGCUGAUACUGAAGUGGUGAAGAUAGCAACAGAAAAAGUACAACAGGAAGUCCAAAGAAUAAGAAACGAAAAAAUUCUACCCUUUUCUGAAAAGGUGGUGACGGAUGAGGAUGAGGCAUUUCAUGACAUGAUUUGUGCAAUGAUCAUUGGAAAAGGAGGAGAGAACUUAAGAAAACUACGCUUGGAAACAGGGCUCAAUUUUGAUUUGGAAACGGGUAAUAUUGGUCAUAUACUUGUCUUGGGGGCUGAUACUGAAGUUGUGAAGAUAGCAACAGAAAAAGUACAACAGGAAGUCCAAAGAAUAAGAAACGAAAAAAUUCUACCCUUUUCUGAAAAGGUGGUGACGGAUGAGGAUUAGGCAUU